AUGCCCCCCCCCACAAGAGGCCACAAUGCACCCUCCCCAAAGAUGGUCAAGGGAGGCCCUGGCCAGAGGCCCCACAGCAGCCGAGCACAGGCCCCAGGGGUCCAGGGACGCCAGCUGCCACAUCCCCGCUGGGGGCUGGCCACCCAGGGGAAAGCGAGGCGCCAGUCCCCAAGCCCCACAAAUCCAGGAGCCACCCGUCCCCCCAGGCAGGGGUCCCACCCAGCACAGCGGGCAGCCAGGCUGGACCAGACAGCCACCCACCGUGGGCCAGUGUGCACCCCAGCCAAGCACCCCAGGGGCCUGGAGACCACCCCCCCAUCCCUGCCCCCCAGGGCAGCACCCCCCCAGCAAUGCAGCCAGCUGAGUCCCAAUGGACAAACCCCCACCCCCCCCGGAUACCCCACCCCGGACCGCAUCCAGGAAACAGUGGUGUGGGAAGGCUGCCCCACCCUCACCUCCCCACCUAUCAGUGCUGUGAAGUGUGAGGUGUGUAUGCAAGCAGUUAAAAUUGAGGAGCAUAACUGUGCACCACUGAGGGUGACGCCACACGGGCAGCCCCACCCACCUGUACGGCACUGCCCAUCAGGCGCCACGUAG